AUGGCAGAAUUAGUAGGGGGACAAGCUUCCGGCGAAGAGGUUGAGGUUGAUGCUGCACCCGAAGCGCCUACACAAAUACCGAUAGAGAAUGUAAAUGAGGGGUCUGAACCGUUCCAAACAAGCACUGAAAUGAUUGAGUCGGUCACAAAUAAUAAUGAUAGCACAUUGGAAGUGACGCCACUUGGAAGAACCGGAGUAUUUUCACCAAUAACACCACUCGACACCAAGAUAUUGAACUUCCCAACUGAAACCGAAGUGAGAAGUUCAACUAUGCCAACGGAAGUGAUCACAUUUGAAUCAGUUUCCGAAGAAGUUGCGGACAGAAGAGUUCUUAAAGAAAAGGAAUUUACAACUUCCAAAGUCGAAACUUCGACGAUUUCGAUCCAAUCUUCAAGCGAAACUGUCGAAGACGAAGGUAAAACCUCUGUGCCGUUCGACCAAACUGCAUUGGACGGUCUUUUUGAACCGGACGGAAGUGUUAUCGACAAAUCCAUUACACACUCGUCACCACCAUUCCCUAUUCUUAAAAUGAGGGAAGAGGAUGAAAAAAUCAUUGGAGCAGUAACAACAACAGAAGAAACAACCACCGAGGAAGAAACCACUGCGGCAGUUACUGUUUCUAGUACCACUCUACCGAAUUCCACCACCACGAGCACUCCGACAUCUACAACUGAAUCGAAAACUACAACCAUGUCCGAAUUGCCUGAAACGUCAACUGUUUUCAUUACUACUCCGCGCCUUGAAUCAGCAUCUGAAUCAGAAGAGACAAAUUUCGAAGAAUCGCGUUCUAAUAUCGCACAGAUUCCAGCAUUGGCUAAUUCGUCAAAAGUCUUCAACCCUUCUAAAUCAGUACGGACUCCGAUUUCCUUUAGAAUAAUGUCUCUUGAAUUCUCUGAUGCUUUCAAUGAUAUUAAUAGCGGACCAUCGAAAAAGCUAGUGAAGGAAAUAGUUCCUGCGGUGGUUAAAGUUACUUCAACCGUAUUCACCGACAACUCAAUUCUGGAUUUCGAUGUGAAGUCAUUAACAAGAGGAAGCGUAGUUGUUGGAGGUGAUUUGCUCACAAUCAAAUCAUUAGGAGAUUCUCAAACGGCAGUUAACCUACUUGAAGCUGCGAUCGCCAAGAACGAUUCAAUGUUGUCUCACUACAAAAUUGACACGUUGAGUCUCACAGUCGAUGGAAUGACUUCUCAAGCUUACAUUGACACAAUGUCAACUCAGCCAAACUCGGCGUCGUUAUCAUCCUUAAUGAUUAUUAUUAUUAGUAUUUCAAUUCUCGUAAUAGUCAUUUUUGCUUUUGUAAUCAUUUAUAUUACCACUCAAAGACGACGACAAAAUACAAUCAAGUUAAGCAUCGAUGAUACGGUUCGAAGUAUCUCUCCCACAUCCAACGGCACGGCACCGAGAAAUGUGCAUUUAAUGUCGUACGGAAAUGCCCAUCGAAUUUCUCAGGUAACUUCAAAAUCUGGAUAUCUAAUCGAAACUAUUUUUUCGGAAACCUUCCCCGACAAUGACAAAGAUUCGAAUUGA